ACCCAGCCAGCUCCUCUCAAGAUUGUCCGCCGCCAGCUUCGCCUGCCGCGUCGCCAUCCAACUCUGCCGCCUGCUCCGUCCACGCCGCCGAUUGCCAGCGGCCGCUGCGCAUCGUGAUCUUCCCGUGGCUGGCGUUCGGGCACCUGCUCCCGUAACUGGAGCUCGCCGAGCGCCUGGCGUCGCGCGGCCACUGCGUGCCCUUAGUCUCCACGCCAGGCAACGUAGCCCGCCUCCCACCGCGGCGCCGCGCGUCGACCUCAUGGCGCUGCCGCUCCCGCGCGUAGAGGGGCUCCCCGACGGCGCCGAGUCCACCAACAGCAUCCCCCACGACAAGUUCGCGCUCCUCUUCGAGGCCUUCGACGGCGUGCAGCAAGAAGAUGUCAAGGUUUGGUAGUCGAGCUCUUCGGCGGUGGGAUGACGAGGAUGAAUAUGAUGUUGACGAUCUAUUGAUCAUUGCCGGUCUUCUUGAGGGCUCGAAGAGAAACAAGCGGAAGAAAAAGUUCCGUGGAUCAUUGCCGAGUCGCCACAAUGUGCCAAGGGACAUUCUGGGAGGUCACCAGCGCAUCUACCUGGACUACUUCGCUGACCAGUGUGUAUACAAUGAGAAACAUUUCAGAAGGAGGUUUCAGAUGUCCAAGUCUCUCUUUCUACGGAUAGUCGCUGCAAUUGAGGCGCAUGACGACUACUUCCGUCAGAAGCCUGAUGCCGUUGGAAGUCUUGGUGCCUCUGCAUUACAGAAGGUCAUUGCUGCCUUUCGGAUGCUGGCCUACGGUAUUCCAGCUGACUUCCUGGAUGACUAUGUGAGGUUGGGAGAGAGCACCAUCAUCGAGUGUUUGAAACGUUUUGUGAAAGCUGUUGUCGAAGUCUUUGGUGAAGAAUACUCGAGGGCCCCCAAUGCCCAGGACAUAUCCAGGUUGCUGGCAAUUAAUAAUGCAAGAGGGUUCCCAGGAAUGCUUGGUUCAAUUGAUUGCAUGCACUGGUAAUGGGAAAUGUGCCCAACGGCUUGGAGAGAGAGAUGAGGAAGAGGAUUUCAACUACCACCAAGAGCCCCACGGUAUCCCGGUGUUGAGACCUGCGGACUACGAACGUCGUGAUCCUCUUGUGCUGGAGGAGUUCCUGAAGAUACACGACGAGAUUGAGGAUAGGUCGACACAUGAGAGACUUCGUGAUGACCUUGUAGAGCAUUUAUGGGCUAUUCAUAGUUCUAGCUAGUUUUAUUAUUCAUACUUCAAUAAAAUCAAGAAAAAAUUUCAUGGAUCGUUGCCGGUCCUCUUGAUCAUGCUUAUUCAGUUAUCAACUAGUCAGAUUUGUAUGUCGAAACAUGAUGGCCAUCAGUUCAGUUUCAUACUUGGUCUGUGUCCUGGGUUAUGUUGUUUAUCUGCCUGUAAAAUAGAUGGUUGAGACUCUUCUCUUAAUCUCAAUAUCUGACCAAUAUGUUCAUAUAUCAGGUCUAA